CAGUUAAAUCCGCCCUCCUUCGAAUGAGGAAAUGCACUUAAGUUCUUGUGAAUGUCUGGAAGUCUGGUGCUGGGGUAACUAAUCUAGUCUACAUUUAUGUCUUAUAACAACAUUAUCAUAAAUAACAGUUUAGAUCAAGUCGGAUUCCUUCCUCAAGGGUGGAUCGUGAUCUUAAUGGCGAUUAUGAAGAUCGAGUGAGAUUAUGGACGGAAAGCAGGAAAACAGUUCGUUCAGGAAGAUAUUUAUACUGACUAUUGUGGUGACUCUGGCUGCUCCUGCCCGUCCAUCGCCGGAGCUUUCACAUGACAAAUUAGCUGAAGAAGACUGUGAAGAGGAUGAGUACUGGAGCACAACAAAGGGCCACUGCUGUAACAAAUGCCAUGGAGGUUUCAGACUGGAACAAGAUUGUGAAAGCAGUAACCGCAAAAGCAUUUGCAAGCCGUGUCUGAAUGAUUAUUACAUAGAGAACAGCAACAAUGCUCCAAACUGCUUUCGAUGCAGGUCUUGCAAAUCCAAUGAAAGGGAGCUGUCUCCAUGCACACGCAAAAAAAACCGGCAAUGUGUCUGCAAUGAAGGAUUUUUCAAGCAGUCUAUUUCAAACCUCACCUGGCAAUGUCUGAAAUGCACUUCCUGUGGGGAUGGCGAGCAGGAACGCAUCUCAUGUUCAGGGUCCACUAACAGAGAAUGUGACUGUAAGGAGAAGUUUUAUCGCAACAGCAACAAAAUAUGCGAAGAAUGCAAAACGUGCAACGGUGACCAAAAAUGCAGCCACCUAUGCGGAAAAAGCGCAGACUGGCAGCUGGCGUUCGUGGUGGUGGUGAUAGCCUUCACGAGUGUGUUCAUUUUAAUUAUGAUCUGCAUGUUUAUUCAAAAGAGGCGUCCCUGUCACAGCCAAGAGAUUGUAGUCAGUCCGGUAUCUUCUGACAGCGAAAUAUCCAAGAAUUUAUUGUCCUACGUAAAUGAAGAUGGGAAAAUGGUGAAAGAUCAUCCAGCCCUGAUCCCCUUGCCCGAACACGAGCUCCCAGUUCGGAAGGAUCCUGGUGGGCAGGAAGAGCUUCCUGAUUGCAUCCCUCGUGGAUUCAAGACCUGCCACUUCAUCUACUUCCUGCUGCAGCACGUCCCAGCCAGCCGCUUCAAGGAGCUGGUCCGCUGCCUGGGUGUGUCUGAGAGGGACAUCGAGUGGGCAGAGAGGGAUAAUCACACCUGCAAAGAGGCCCAGUUCCAGAUGCUGAAAGUGUGGUGUGACAGCGGCAGGGGGGAUGAGGUGGACACCCUCUCCAGGGCACGGCUCCAGAAGAUGACAGAGACACUGAGGGCCAUGGGACUGAUGGCGGGUGCGGAGGCCAUUGAGGCCAACUUUCAGAUCCUUUAGAGGCGUGUAAGUGUGUAAACACACACGCAUACAAGAAUGUGGACACAGACACACAGAUAUAUACAUGUAUCAGAACUUUUUCUUACAGCUUACAUGGGAGACACGUUGGUUGGAAUAACUAUGAAGUGUCAUGCCUUGCUAAACUCGCCUGGUGUACACCAGGGGCGCUGUGGCCCUCCAGCUGUGAGCCCCUAGAGAGGAAACCCGGCAGUACUUUUAAGCCCUGUAAACUCUAAACCAGGCAUCAGGGCCAGGCUGAGGUGCUCACGUUACUUUCCAGUCCUUCCUUCACUUGUGCCACCUCACCUAGGCUUCCCGAUUCUGUGCUGUCACCUGACCAGUGACGGCAUAUCAGCUCACAUGACUCAGAGACUCAGAACUGGACUGAAGCACGCUGGACUGUUGCUACAUGUGGCAGGGUGGGUGCCAUGUCUGGUGCUUUUCCAUUGUCAAUUCUGCUUCCUUAGUGACUCCCCCCCCCUUCCCCACACGUGUACCUCCUUGUGUUUGUCUCUGUGGCAUCCAGCAAGGUGAUCUCUGUAAUUUUGAAGCACCACAGCCUCAUGUUUUGUGAACAGAAAACACAGCCAGUUUGGGGUUGGCCAGUAAUUUCGCUUUCCAGGCCUUGAGAAGGUUUAACUGGUUGGAUAUCAGUUCUGUUGUGUUGCUUGAACCCCCCACCCCCCAUGCAACAUAACAAGGUGACAUGUGAUCGGUGAGGCACCUGAGAAGUGGCACAUUGGUGCCCCCUGCAGCAUAUUUCUUACGGCUGAAUAAUGUGAUAUUAAUGUAUGAAAAUUUGAUACCAUGUUGGGUGUGAAUGCCAGCAGGGGGACAUGUAUACCACACUAAUGCAGAAUUUUUUCAUUUUAUCUCCAUUCCAAUUAAGCGAUUCAGCCUCAUAGAAAAUCACCGUAAUAGCAACUCAUAAUUUCACAUUUUUAAUGUAACUACUGUAAUAUUUGCUAUAAGGAGCAGACCCUCAAACUCAAAUUUCUGGGCAUAACAGUUAAUUUCCACAACAUUUCUGUACAAACCUUGCAUGUGUCACUUGAUGCUUUCAAUAUCUACAUUUUGCAACACACAAACUUUAAAAAGCAUUAUCUACAUUUUUACCAAAGCUAUUUUAAGCAAUUUAAACCAUGGUGAUUCUUCAAUUUCCAGAGCAGAAACCCUAUAUUAGCGAUGUAUAAUCAAUUUUAAACUUCAAUUGGUUCAUUUGAUUUCUUCCAUGGUCUAGUUCUUUUCUGCAUUGAAUUUCUAUACAUUUUUUAUGAAUAUGUCAUGUCAUGAGAAUAUAUGUCUUUAUAAACAAAA